AUGGGCACUCUGUUUCGUAACAGCCCAUAUCCGGUGGUACGAAUAUUUCAGUUGUGUGACCGCACGAAUAUGCACGUUUUGGGCACUCUGAACUAUCCGGAUCUGCCAGAUCGCUUCGAGCCCAGCAAGAUCUGUGCUUUCACCGUUCCUGGCGGGAAACGACCCUACAUUUAUUGCCCACCAGAUUCCGGACUGUCUGUGCAAAUAGUUCUCUUCGACCCGCCAAACCCUACUCAGAUGCAAUACGUGUCCCUUGAGCCCAUAUCUCUCGCACUAGGUCGUACGGCUCAGAGACCUCGUUGGCUCGCAGAUGAAGUCGAGAUCCAGGAAGAGCAAGAGAAGGACAGAGUUGAGCACUUGGUUGCUAAACUACGCUUUCAUACUGUUGUCAGACACGCGCCAACAAGAAAAGAGACGGCUCUUACAUCAAUUCUCCGUCAAAUCAACUGCGCGCAGGAGGUGGCGGAUCUCCUGCAGAAGAACACACCCCUCGUAGGCCCGCGCCGGAAAAGAAGCCUGUCAGUCAGUGAGAGGGUUGUUGAAUCUGCUCAGUCACUCUACGCCUUUGCAGCAUGGUCUCUUUGGACUCUAUUCAUGACUUAUGCCUUCCCGACACUGCUAUAUCUCUUCAAAAUUGCCCUUAUUGGUCACCGCAUACUUGCCGAGGGCGUCUUGCAAGUCCUAGAAUGGCCGUUACCCCUGAAACGGCUACACUUACCAGAGAGUCGUCAGUCUAUACACGGUGUGUUUGCCCUGAAAGACAUCUCGGCCUGCUGUCAGCAAGUCCACCUUCGGCUCCAGCAAUUUUCAUACUAUCCAACGCAAUAUUCGCUGCUCCGGCGACGCCAUGCAACGUGGUCAUCAUUUCCUACCACCAACAGCGACUACAUACGCUUCUACAACUCUCUCUGGCUAGUUGCCAACGAUGUCAUUAUCGGUAUCGCUCUCGGAAGUUUCUUGAGUGAUAAUGCAGCAGCCACAGCCCAGUUUAUUGGGGCCGUUCUCAAUGAAUAUACGGUUGAGGGGCUUAAACGCGUUAUCCGCUGGCUCAUGUCAUAUCCUGGUGGCCUCAAAUUGAACACUGAGCUCGCCGCAUUCAUGGGCGAUUUGUUCUUGUGGGUCAUCGAGUAUUGGUCUUCGACCAUAGUGAUGUUGAUCCUUCCAAGAUUGCCCAUGAUUGUCUACUUUAUCGCGUUCUCCUCUUUUGCCGGUGCCAGCAUGCCUAUCGCCAUUCUCUCAGACCUUCUGAGUCUGACAACAAUCCACAUCUAUUCCUUCUAUGUCGCCAGUGCGCGUAUAUUCAAUUGGCAACUGACCAUUAUUGUCAGUCUGUUCCACCUUUUCCGGGGGAAGAAACGAAAUGUCCUCCGCAACAGAAUUGAUAAUUGCGACUAUGACCUCGACCAACUUCUACUUGGGACUAUCUUGUUCACCUUGUUAUUUUUCCUGUUGCCCACAGUUAUGGUGUUCUAUCUCACGUUCGCCCUUGCUCGGAUGGCGAUUAUCUCAUUGAAAGCGACCUUAGAUACCUGCUUGGCCUGUCUGAAUCACUUUCCCUUGUUUGCUCUGAUGCUCAGGAUCAAAGACAGCAAAAGACUCCCAGGUGGUGUUCAUUUUGAACUUCUCAACGCGGAGCAGUCCCAACCACCUCGCCAAAACGGGACAGAACACCCUGAGAGCACGUCAAGGGACCACGCCGAAUAUGACGAUGACGAGGCAUUGGCCACAAGUGUGGCCUAUAUCAGACUAUCAUCCACACCGCUGUCUCUGCGCCAAAUUUUCGAGCAGUAUUUCCAGCUGGGGGCCCGCAUCCGCCAACAUUAUCUUUCUCCCAAGGUCGUCUUCAGACUCUGCUCCGGGCGGUUUGUACCCCCCCUUGGUAGAAGUGAGAUGUACGGACUUCAGUACUCUGCUCUCCCUCGAGAACGAGCAACUAUCUCCGAAGUGUGGAAAAACCUAAGAGAGUCGGAAUCGGCUCCGGUCAAUGGGACGGUAGCAAAAUCUCUCAAUCGACAAGCGUCAUUAGAUACGCUUGGACGGGCGAUGAGUAGACAGUGGCAGUAG